AUGGAGAAGAAGAAGAAGAAAUUCCCGCUGAACAUUGAGUUGGUGAAGAAACAGCAAGAGGCCCAAAGAGCAGACCCUACCAGUUUAGAAUUGGCUCUUUUCGAUGAUGUGGAGGCAGGACAUUCUACUGCUAUUCUAGCAUUUGAGGUGGAGGAGGGCAGAAUUGCUGGGACUUUGGCUGUGGUAACCAGUCCUCUCAAGCCUCCCAUUGUGGCCUAUGGAAUUUACUGA